AUGGGUCUGAAAGGGUUAUGUCCGAGGGCAGCAGCAUCUACCAGGGCAGGGCCAGAGCAGGACCAAUCCAAGUACCAAGGAAUAGCACCUCAGUUCAGGAAGACGAAAUGGUCCUGGCUACUGGAGGGACAAUCUGUGGUGACCUCUAAGAUCAUCUCAAGCUGUAUAGGAGACAGCAGUAUAGGGGACAGCAGUAUAGGGGACAGCAGUAUAGGGGACAGCAGUAUAGGAGACAGCAGUAUAGGGGACAGCAGUAUAGGAGACAGCAGUAUAGGGGACAGCAGUAUAGGGGACAGCAGUAUAGGAGACAGCAGUAUAGGAGACAGCAGUAUAGGGGACAGCAGUAUAGGGGACAGCAGUAUAGGGGACAGCAGUAUAGGGGACAGCAGUAUAGGGGACAGCAGUAUAGGGGACAGCAGUAUAGGGGACAGCAGUAUAGGGGACAGCAGUAUAGGGGACAGCAGUAUAGGAGACAGCAGUAUAGGAGACAGCAGUAUAGGGGACAGCAGUAUAGGAGACAGCAGUAUAGGGGACAGCAGUAUAGGGGACAGCAGUAUAGGGGACAGCAGUAUAGGGGACAGCAGUAUAGGGGACAGCAGUAUAGGGGACAGCAGUAUAGGGGACAGCAGUAUAGGAGACAGCAGUAUAGGGGACAGCAGUAUAGGGGACAGCAGUAUAGGGGACAGCAGUAUAGGAGACAGCAGUAUAGGGGACAGCAGUAUAGGGGACAGCAGUAUAGGGGACAGCAGUAUAGGGGACAGCAGUAUAGGAGACAGCAGUAUAGGAGACAGCAGUAUAGGGGACAGCAGUAUAGGAGACAGCAGUAUAGGGGACAGCAGUAUAGGGGACAGCAGUAUAGGGGACAGCAGUAUAGGGGACAGCAGUAUAGGAGACAGCAGUAUAGGGGACAGCAGUAUAGGGGACAGCAGUAUAGGGGACAGCAGUAUAGGAGACAGCAGUAUAGGGGACAGCAGUAUAGGAGACAGCAGUAUAGGGGACAGCAGUAUAGGGGACAGCAGUAUAGGGGACAGCAGUAUAGGGGACAGCAGUAUAGGAGACAGCAGUAUAGGGGACAGCAGUAUAGGGGACAGCAGUAUAGGGGACAGCAGUAUAGGAGACAGCAGUAUAGGAGACAGCAGUAUAGGGGACAGCAGUAUAGGAGACAGCAGUAUAGGAGACAGCAGUAUAAGAGACAGCAGUAUAGGGGACAGCAGUAUAGGAGACAGCAGUAUAGGGGACAGCAGUAUAGGAGACAGCAGUAUAGGAGACAGCAGUAUAGGAGACAGCAGUAUAGGGGACAGCAGUAUAGGAGACAGCAGUAUAGGGGACAGCAGUAUAGGGGACAGCAGUAUAGGGGACAGCAGUAUAGGGGACAGCAGUAUAGGGGACAGCAGUAUAGGAGACAGCAGUAUAGGAGACAGCAGUAUAGGGGACAGCAGUAUAGGAGACAGCAGUAUAGGGGACAGCUGUAUAGGAGACAGCAGUAUAGGAGACAGCAGUAUAGGGGACAGCAGUAUAGGGGACAGCAGUAUAGGGGACAGCAGUAUAGGGGACAGCAGUAUAGGAGACAGCAGUAUAGGGGACAGCAGUAUAGGGGACAGCAGUAUAGGGGACAGCAGUAUAGGGGACAGCAGUAUAGGGGACAGCAGUAUAGGAGACAGCAGUAUAGGGGACAGCGGUAUAGGAGACAGCGGUAUAGGAGACAGCGGUAUAGGAGACAGCGGUAUAGGAGACAGCGGUAUAGGAGACAGCAGUAUAGGGGACAGCAGUAUAGGGGACAGCAGUAUAGGGGACAGCAGUAUAGGAGACAGCAGUAUAGGGGACAGCAGUAUAGGAGACAGCAGUAUAGGGGACAGCAGUAUAGGGGACAGCAGUAUAGGGGACAGCAGUAUAGGAGACAGCAGUAUAGGGGACAGCAGUAUAGGGGACAGCAGUAUAGGAGACAGCAGUAUAGGGGACAGCAGUAUAGGAGACAGCAGUAUAGGAGACAGCAGUAUAGGGGACAGCAGUAUAGGGGACAGCAGUAUAGGAGACAGCAGUAUAGGGGACAGCAGUAUAGGGGACAGCAGUAUAGGGGACAGCUGUAUAGGGGACAGCAGUAUAGGAGACAGCGGUAUAGGGGACAGCGGUAUAGGGGACAGCGGUAUAGGGGACAGCGGUAUAGGGGACAGCAAUAUAGGGGACAGCAGUAUAGGAGACAGCAGUAUAGGGGACAGCAGUAUAGGAGACAGCAGUAUAGGGGACAGCAGUAUAGGGGACAGCAGUAUAGGGGACAGCAGUAUAGGGGACAGCAGUAUAGGAGACAGCAGUAUAGGAGACAGCAGUAUAGGGGACAGCAGUAUAGGGGACAGCAGUAUAGGGGACAGCAGUAUAGGGGACAGCAGUAUAGGAGACAGCAGUAUAGGAGACAGCAGUAUAGGGGACAGCAGUAUAGGAGACAGCAGUAUAGGAGACAGCAGUAUAGGGGACAGCGGUAUAGGGGACAGCGGUAUAGGGGACAGCGGUAUAGGGGACAGCGGUAUAGGGGACAGCAGUAUAGGAGACAGCAGUAUAGGGGACAGCAGUAUAGGAGACAGCAGUAUAGGAGACAGCAGUAUAGGGGACAGCAGUAUAGGAGACAGCAGUAUAGGGGACAGCAGUAUAGGGGACAGCAGUAUAGGGGACAGCAGUAUAGGAGACAGCAGUAUAGGAGACAGCAGUAUAGGGGACAGCAGUAUAGGGGACAGCAGUAUAGGAGACAGCAGUAUAGGAGACAGCAGUAUAGGGGACAGCAGUAUAGGGGACAGCAGUAUAGGAGACAGCAGUAUAGGAGACAGCAGUAUAGGGGACAGCAGUAUAGGGGACAGCAGUAUAGGGGACAGCAGUAUAGGGGACAUACUGCUGGAGUAA